ACUUCUCUUACGCAUAUAAUCUCAAAACACUUUAUGAACAAUGGCUUUCGUUCACCUACUCAUCUCCCUUCUCGUCUGCAUUAACUUCACGUCUUCGAUCUCCGUCGUCCCUGACCCAACAACACAAGAGCUAAUCAACAGAAUCUGCAAACAAACAAUCGAUUUCAAGUUCUGCAACCAAACAAUCACAUCUCAGCUAAUCAGACGACGAACCUCAAUCAAAACAAUAGCGAAACUAACCGCAGCUAAAGCUUGGAUCAACGCCAUAGAAACGUUGGAUAACAUCGAAGGCUCCCUUCUUCCGAAAGCAAGAGAUCGUCGGAGCAAAGCAGAGUUCUCCGCUUGUAGGAAAGCGUAUAGAUUGGUGGAUGCUCAUCUUGAUAACGCGUUGAAGUAUUUGUAUCUCAGAGACUAUCGAUUCAUGAGAGCGUAUCAAGCUCUUGCGCUCGUGAACAUUUCCAUGUGUAGGACGAGUUUCUUUCACCCGACGCCGAUGGUGUAUGCGAAUUGGAACAUGAGGAUCUUGACUGAUAUGGCGAUUUAUGCUAGCCGGAUUCUCGCUCCUCCUCCUCCUCUAAGACCCAAGACGGAGAAGAAGACGCCGUGAAAGACAUGUUGUGUCGGAACUCCGAAGCUAGUUUUUUCUUAUUCUUUUAUCAUUGAAAUCAACUAGUAUUUGUCAGAUUUUUUCAAACGAAGUUUUAAAGAAUAUACAAUAGCAAAAAAUAAUAAACAUUUUUAUCACAUAAUUUUUUUUUUCAAAAUAAGUUACAUUUUCUUUAUGUUGAUUUUGUGGGUAGAUAUAGUUGUUAUUUGUUGAUAGUAGUUCUAGCUCAAUUGUUCAACUAAAACAUUUUGGAAGGAUCGUGUUUUCUCUUUCUUUUUGAAAAAUCGUGUAAUACUGUUUUGGGAUGGCGAGAAAAUAAAGGAAGAGCGUUUUAAUUAUUAAAUAUCAGAAAAUAAAGAAACUUUCGGUAAGCUUUCUCAAACCUCUGCUUUGCUUUGUAGAAAAGGCUAUAAUAAAUCAAGUCGGGUUAAUGGGUUACUCACUCUUGACUCUUGAGAGGAUGCAAUUAAAAUUACUUUUUCCUUUUUUCAGUUGAUAGAGGUUUUAGGAAAAUUGCUCACAACAAUUAUGGUAACUUCUAUAUUUAUAAAUAAUGUAUAUAUAGAGCAGUAAUUCAUUAAGAGAUUUUAGAAUAUCUUACCUUGUGAAAGCAAACCUAUCCUCACGAGGAGCCGCCUCAGCCUCAGGCCAUGGAGAAAGAAGGCACCCAAGAUGGCCCAAAAACCGGCGGAAUACUCUCACGAGAUUCUGACUCUUACAAACUUUACUUCAAGGGUUUGGUAAGGGAGGAGACAAGGGGGCCUAUUGCAGGAUUUGGGGUUGCAAUUUGCAAACAAGAAGAUGACAAUCUCUUGUUUCAGAUGAAAGGAUCACUUCAUGACUCCGCCAUUACAGUUUUGGAGGUUGAGCUUAUGGCAUUGAAGCGAGGACUAACCGAAGCCGUGAGCUUGGGGAUCCCUCAUAUCUCAAUAUGCUGCGAUCAUGAUCAGAUUUUUGAACUGGUCUUGGGAAGAUCCGUGCCUGAGAAAGAUAGCAUUGCCUUGCUAAUGAAUGAUGUGGAACGCAUCAGACAACAACUGACAUCUAGCACCCCUGUUCUGGUGACUGGAAAUCAAACCAAGAAUAUUGCUUACAAGCUUGCAAUGGAAACCCUAGUUUCUGAAAUCAGCAUAUCUAUGCCUCCGAGUUGCGGUAUGGUCUGUGCCGAUGACCAGAAGAAGAAGAAGCUGGCUUGCGGUAUCUGUUUCGAGGAAGAUUUCGAAGCGGAGCAGAUGUUUUAUGUUGCUUUAUGCCGUCAUCAAUUCUGCGUCGAGUGCAUGACACGACACGUAAAUAGGAGUCUACUCGAAGGACGUUUGAUGAGAUGCCCUCGUCCCGAUUGCUACUCUAAGUUGACUAUUAAAAGCUGUGCCCAUCUUUUGGAACCUAAAAUAAGAGCCAUCUGGGAACAAAGGAUCAGAGUGGGCUCGGAAGAAACUUAUCCAUGGCGUGAAUGUAAAAAUUGCCAACACGUGAAUGAACUUAAAACGUAUCGUGGCUACGUAACUUGCAGCUGUGGGUAUUCGUUUUGCAACGAAUGUGGAGACGAAUGGAAGCACCCUGGUUGCCGUCAUCUCCAAGCUAGGAGUGAAGAAGCAGCAGGUGCUGCAUGUUGUUGUACUCUUUUAUUAGUUAUGCUUAUAGGCCUUUGCGCUAUAAUAGCUUGGUUGGGGGGGAAUACAAAAAAUAGUAGGGGUUGGCUCAAUUAGGUUUCGCUGGUUAUUUAAUUCAAUAAAUAUUGUACCAAAAAAUAGUUUUGGAUCAAGUUUUUUUUUAAGGUUUAUAAAAGUUGGGUGUUUAAGUUUUUCAA